CAGAAUGGCACUGAGACUAAUGUUUAAUUUCUAACACAUACUUUUGUUCCUGUUUCCUCUCACGGUUCCGUGUCACUGCACUUAUCCAUGGCCUCGAACGUGACGCGCAACUGGACCAAUCAGUUCGCGCAGCCGCCGUGGCGCGUGGCUCUGUGGUCGGUGGCGUACAGCUCCAUCCUGACGGUGGCCGUGUUCGGGAACCUGGUGGUCAUGUGGAUCAUUGUGGCUCACCGCAGGAUGCGGACCGUCACUAACUACUUCCUGCUGAACCUCGCCUUCUCCGACGCCUCCAUGGCCGCGUUUAACACGCUCAUUAACUUCAUUUACGCAGCGCACGGGGACUGGUACUUCGGAGAGGCGUACUGCAAGUUCCACAACUUUUUCCCGGUCACCUCGGUGUUCGCCAGCAUCUACUCCAUGACCGCCAUCUCUGUGGACAGGUACAUGGCCAUCAUCCAUCCUCUGAAGCCGAGACUAUCAGCCACAGCCACUAAAGUGGUCAUUGUGUGUAUUUGGGUUCUCGCUGUGGUUCUGGCAUUUCCUCUCUGCUUCUACUCCACCAUCAGGAGUCUACCAGGAAGAACUAUCUGCUACGUUGCUUGGCCAAGACCAGCUGAAGAUUCUCUAAUGUACCACGCCAUAGUGUCUGUGCUGGUCUACAUGCUGCCCCUAGUGGUGAUUGGAAUUGCUUACACCAUAAUUGGAGUGACUUUGUGGGGAAGUGAAAUUCCAGGAGAUUCGUCAGACAACUAUCACGGUCAACUCCGCGCCAAGAGGAAGGUGGUAAAGAUGAUGAUUGUUGUAGUGGUGACCUUUGCCCUUUGCUGGCUGCCCUAUCACAUCUACUUUAUUGUCACUGGACUGAACAAACAGUUAAAUAAGAGGAAGUCAAUUCAGCAGGUUUAUCUCUCAGUGAUGUGGCUGGCCAUGAGCUCCACCAUGUACAACCCCAUCAUCUACUGCUGCCUCAACAACAGGUUCAGAGCAGGCUUCAAAAGGGCUUUCCGGUGGUGUCCUUUCAUCCGAGUAUCGAGUUAUGACGAGUUGGAACUGCGUACAGCUCGACUCCACCCACGUAACCGCAGUAGCAUGUGCACGUUGUCCCGCAUCGACACCAGCGUCCUUGGAGACGACCCUCGCCAUGGCGACUGUAAGAGCACCAAGUCUCUGAACCACAGCGAGAUCAUUGGCUCUAACGCGAGUCCUCCUCCAACCAAAUACGGCCUGUACACCGACACGGCCUCCACCUCCAAACACUUCGACUGAUGGCCAACACUCCAACAUUUUAGCUGCAGAUUUCUGUUUGUGAUUUAUUCUGUCUGAAAGCACUGAACCUCCUGGAACCAGGUCAGAAUUCAAGACGCCAUCAUGGUGAAGUAAUAUGUUCCAUAAUAGUGGUUGUAGAUCUGAAGUCUGUUGGUGUACAAAGGGUUUCUAUUGUUCAUAGUGUUGGUGAACCAGUGGAUUAGAUGAUGCAGUCAGUUUAGUGCUGAAUCUUAUGAUAUUAGUAACUGUAUUGUUAAAGACAUCCAGAUGUUUGAAAAAUGACGUCAUGUGAGAAUUUCUAUGUUUAGUCUGAUGCAGAGUGGGAAAUAAUGAAUGUAUCUGACAUCCACACAUCACCUGCCUGCUGUGAGGAAUUCUAAGAGAAACUCUGUCCAGAUGUUUGUACUGUAUUUUUGCUGUAUUUAAACAUGUUGUAUAUGAUGAUAAGGUUUGUUGUAAAUGUGUGACGUUUGAUGAUUUCCAGUCAUUUAGUGCCACGGUCAUGAAAACAAGCUCGUAAUACAGUGACUGAUAUU